AGGCACAGGAAUGAAGAACACUGACCAGUCUAUCAUAAUUUAGUUUGGCAAAUAAACCAAAAGGGAUAUAUCCCUUUAAGAAGCCCCCACCAUUCUAUAACAGGGGGAGCGUGAGUAAAACACUGGAACAGCGACAAAAAAAAAAACGAUCACCAACAGACGGUUUCAAGCUCCCCGCGACGGCAGCAGCCCCUGUUCGGAUCGGCAAUGUUGAGGAUGGAUGUAGCCUGCUAGAAAAAAAAGACACCGGGGCACAGUGAGAGAGAACACUACUGCUGUGUAGCUAUGGAGAUCGUAAGUGGUCGCUUUCUUUGACAGGUGUCGGAACCGGACUGAAUAAAAAGUAUCGAAACCAGCUUCAAGGAUGUACGCCAAGGGGAAAGGUGCUGUUGUGCCCUCAGAUAACCAAGCAAGAGAAAAGUUAGCGCUGUACGUAUAUGAGUACCUGCUGCAUGUAGGAGCACAGAAGUCUGCACAGACCUUCUUGUCGGAGAUACGAUGGGAAAAGAAUAUUACGUUAGGGGAGCCUCCUGGAUUCCUGCACUCGUGGUGGUGUGUAUUCUGGGAUUUGUAUUGCGCUGCGCCGGACAGACGGGAGAACUGCGAACACUCCAGCGAGGCCAAGGCCUUCCAUGAUUACAGUGCGGCAGCAGCCCCCAGUCCUGUGAUGGGGAAUAUGCCUCCUAAUGAUGGUAUGCCAGGUGGACCCAUGCCGCCUGGAUUCUUCCAGGGUCCGCCAGGCUCCCAGCAGUCUCCUCACGCACAGCCCCCCCACGGCAUGGGACCACAUGGACAGCCUUUCAUGUCGCCACGGUUUCCAGGUGGACCCCGCCCCUCACUCCGAAUGCCAAAUCAGCCUCCCGGGGGAAUCCCUGGUUCUCAGCCUCUCCUGCCAAAUAGCAUGGACCCCACCAGACCACAAGGACAUCCUAAUAUGGGCGGGCCAAUGAGAAUGAACGUUCCACGAGGAAUGGGGCCCAUGGGUCCACAGAACUACGGGGGUAUGAGACCCCCUCCUAACUCCAUGGGUGGUCCUAUGCCUGGGAUGAACAUGGGACCUGGUGGUAGAGGGCCGUGGCCUGGUCCCAAUGCGAACUCAAUACAAUACUCCUCCUCAUCUCCCGGCCACUAUGUGGGUCCUCCAGGAGGAGGGGGGCCGCCCGGAACUCCCAUCAUGCCCAGCCCAGGUGACUCCAACAACUCCAGUGAAAACAUCUACACUAUGAUGAACCCUAUAGGACCAGGAGGAAACAGACCCAACUUCCCUAUGGGCCCGGGGCCUGAUGGACCGAUGGGAGCUAUGGGAGCCAUGGAACCUCACCACAUGAAUGGCUCACUAGGCUCUGGGGACAUGGACGGGUUGCCAAAGAACUCUCCUAACAACAUGGGGGGUAUGAGCAACCCUCCCGGGACGCCGCGGGACGAUGGAGAGAUGGGUGGAAACUUCCUCAACCCAUUCCAAAGUGAAAGUGCUUCUAGGACAGCCCUGGGGCAUGCUGGGCCUCUAGUGAAGGCGGAGCUUUCCGACGCUGUCUGUGGCAUAGACAGGAAACAGAGACACAGGAAGUCCCUACUCUCUAACCCCGCCCCCUGCCUCUCUGACUUCUUGUCAGGGUCUGGACAAUGAGAGAGGGGAUGAUGGAGAGACUGGAUAACAUGGACACCCUUCAGGACACAGCAUGGUAGGGUUCUGUCAGUAGCUGUCUGGAAGCUCGACAAACAUUACAUUGGCAUUCGCUUUUAUUUUGAUGUUUUUAUUUGUUUCUAAUGGAUACAGGGGCGGAACAGGAUCUCGAAUGAUCCCCUUUUCCCUAUGUAGUGCACUACUUUAGAGGAAUAGGGUGUCAUUUGAGACCUAGACAUGGAAGUGUCACCCCCCUCUUGUAAACUCUGUGUACAUUUAAAACACAAGUGUUGUGAUGUUUUCCAUUACUCUGUAUGUAAUGUAUUAUUGCUAUUCUUUUAUAAUAUUUUAUUGUUCUGAUUAAUAAUAUUGUUAUGAUGAUUCUGGUUAUUUUAAAAUGUAGGAUUUAAUUUCUGGAGUUUUUGUUAUUGUUGAAAGGACACACACACUGAUGACCUCUUCGUUAGUAACUUCACAGGAUGGUGAACCUUCGCUAGUCUCCUAAAAUCCCACAGGAUAUACACGAUCUACUGCCCCCUCUUUGCCCAGUCAGAGGGCAGCACCUUGGUCCAUCAUGGUACUUUAAAUUGUAUUCCCAUAGUAAUGUCCCUCUCCAGUGACCCUGAACAUGCAGAGGAUGCACAGUUGUAUUUAUUUGUUUAAUUUUCCAUUGAGACCGGUUCUAUCUACACACUCCGGAAUCACUCUGCACCAAUCAGCAUCCAUCUCCUAGAGGAAGACAUCUUGGAAGUGUCUGGUUUUUGUUUUGAUUGUCUUUUUUACCCAGAGGGCAGUUCUGACCUUCUGUGAAAUUAUUCUGAUUGGAUGCUCAAAGGACUCUUGUAACAGAGCUGAGCCAAUCAGUAGGCGGUUUGGCAGUUGCCAUGGUAACUGCCUGUUAAGCUCCCCCAAAAGGACAACAUUUGUCCUUACACACAACCACCCAGUCGGCCUACCUACGCCACCCCCCUCCCCAAC